GUUAAGAUUAUUGUGAUGUUAACAGCCAUGUUGAUCUACUGUACGAGAUUUUUUUUACGAUUUUUAAACAAAAUAUUAUUUGUGUAUUUUCGUAUGUAGUAUCUAUUUCUUAUUACGUUGAAUUUAAUAGUACUUACUGACCAUCGUAUGCAUUGAUUUCAUAUCUUCUGUAUGUUGUUCCUGUUCUCUUCACCGAAUUCUGUGCAACUGUGGUUUAUCAAAACAACUGGUUCAGGACAGCAUGGUAGUGACUUAGUCAAAAUAAAUAGGUUGUGAGAAAAGUGCGAACAACUUGAAAUGUCGCGCCUUUUUUAGUACAUUGAAAGAUUUCUUUAAUUAUCUAUAUAAAAGAAAUCAUGCUGUCUUUUAAAAUGUCCUAUCACAUGAAGUCAUGAAAAGGUAACAGAAACUUUUUACUAGAGUGCACUGUUCUUUGUGCAUAUCAAGGGACUCAAAUAAAAAAUUCCAAAUGUAGAAAAAGGUGUGUGCUCAAAUUUUGCUGCCUGUAGCAGUGGUUGUGAUAAUUCACCUGAAAUACUUGCUCCUUCAUUAUUUUAUUCAUUCAUUCCACUAAAAAUCACAAAAGUGGCGGUUGGUUUCAGCUUAGAUAAGAGGCUUUCUACUGGGAAACCAGCAGAGCCUAUCAUGGUUUUUGUUUGGUAUAUCCACUGAUGGCGAAUAAAAACCCACCUGCACAUGAUUUUGCACCAGCGUGGCUCAAGAUACCUACCUACAAUAAUUUUAAGCCCUCUGGUGCAUCCAGCGAGCGUGGCGGUCAUACUAGUCGUAGAGAUGAACAUAGCUUUGGUUUCACUCGCCACAGUAAGGAAGGGGAUUCUUUAGCAUCGUAUCAGUCAUACUUUAAUGAUUGUCGUAAAGAUAAGGAGGAUUUUACCGAUUCUCACUCCACACUCAACAAUGCUCAUUGUUAUGGGAUGGAUAAUGGGUUCAAUGGAUCAUCAUGUAAUAAUCAAGCUCUUCUUUCACGUAGGCCACACAGCAGACAUGACUUUCGCAUUUCACUCUCAUAUUCAAAGGCUGAAACGCCAAAUAAGCACAUGACAAACAAUGGCAGUGGCUUUUACAGUCACAAAGGAAAAGGAAAAUUACAUGACAGUGGUACGAUCACUAAUAAUGGUAUUGCUGAAGGGAGAGGAAUGGGUGUUAUCAGCAAUAACUUCAACCAAGAAUUUCCGUCAUUGCAAGGAGAUAUAACUGAGGAACCAACUACUCCUCCAGCUUUAAAUGGAAGUGCAUGGGAAAAACCCAGGAAUAUAAAAAUUCAUAACACUGGACUCGGGAAAAAAAUUCAGCUAGUAAAGAAACCUGUAAAGGGUGAGAAUUCUUGUGAGAGUUCCAGAAAAAGUCCAGCAUCUUCAUCAUCUGGAUCUCUCUCAAAGUCCUCAAGUUCCAUUUCCAGCAUUACGAAUCCGCACACUGUCAUCGUCACUCCAGUUGCCAAAGGUGGCUCUUCAACUUGCAGAGCUCUCAUCCCUGCCAAAAAUACCCUUGUUAGGAAGAUGACAAGAGAAGGAUUAAAAGUAACAAAUAAAAAGUCCUCCAUAACACCCCCACCAUCAACUCAUUCCAUGGAGAUUUUAGUUAAACAUCCCAAAGCACCUGGAAAUAAAUCUGAAUUUUUGAAGGCUCUACGCAAUGAGAAAAAGGAAAAUGAGGAGAACGAAAGGGAUUUUACUGAAAAGAAUAAUAGCUGCAGCAAAGAUAAUGACUCCUUACAGAGUCCAUCCGAGGAAAAUCAUGUCAAUGGGAUUGACAUCUCGAAACUAUCCUUCAGUGAUGAACGAGAAAAGAGUUUUCUAUCCAGCUCCCUAGAAGCCGAAGAAAGGUUAUUGCGAGAAAUGGGUUGGAAGGAAGAAGUUUCUGAUGAUGAAAACUAUGCUCCUUUGACAGAAGAUGAGCUGCGUGAGUUUCGUGAUCGUUCUGAAAAGAUUUUGAAGAAAAAUGGUGUUCGACGCAAUCUUUUAGCAAAUUUGAGCCCUCUCCGUCUUGCACCUUAUCCAGGAGUGCCCCCACCGACAGAAAAUACUUCUAGCUCUUCAGAGUCAGACUCAGAUGAAUCUUAAAACUUGUAAACACUUUGUAGUUGAGUUCUAAUGGUCACUUUAAAUGUACUAUUAAAAAAAUUUACUUCCCUUUUCCUCUCUAACUUUAAAUGUACAAUAUACUUUUUUUUUUUUUUUUUUUAGUUCUUUGACAUAUAAUCCUUUUGAAUUUGAAUAUAUUCUUUAACCCUGCAAAUAUUUUGUCGUGCUUUGCGAAUCAUGGGUUGGAAUGAAACCUUAACACUGUAGACAUUCACACAAAAGUAUUAUGUUAAAAAUAUAGAUCUCUCACUUUUUUUUUGAAAAGUUUGUGUAUAAUGUAAGAAGUAUUAAUUUUUGCUGCCAUUGAGAAUACUGUACACUCGUUGUGCUUGUUAAAUUGUUAAUUUGUAUGUUUAAUAUAUUAAAAUAUGGUGGAAAAUCUAAAAAUUGAAGAUUUUUUAAAAAAAAUAGAACAGUCCUGAAUGUUUGUAAGAUUUCUUGAACUUUCUGUGUGAAAACAAUAUGUAAAUAUAUUGAUGAAGACUGCGUCCUUUAUUUUCUCCUGUACACACAUUUUUGUCUCAAAAUAUAAUGUAGGGAAAAACAGGUUCUUAAGUAUAAUAAAUAAUUGAAUGCUUGCUACAAGAUGUAAUGUAUGAUUUUGAGUUCAAGAAAAUGGUGUAAUGUGUUUAAAGUAGUAAUAAUUGAUGGAUUAAGAAGCUAUUUUGUGACUGUAACGAGUGUACAGUUUUAUAUGAUUUUAUUUUACUUUACUGUUGUUUGCAUUAAUUGAAAGAUACUUUUUUGAUAAUGUAGUUUAUAUUUUACAUUAUGAAAUAGUUGAGCAAAUUAUUUUAUUGGAUAUCGUAUAAAAUUAGGUUAUUUCAUGAUAUAUAUUCCAGAAUAUAAAGUUUUAAUAUUUUUUAUAAUGCACCUAGAGCAAAGAAAAGUUGCUCUAAGAUUUAAAAAAUCAGAAUCGCAUCCUUUAUUUUUUCAUGGAAAAAAAGAAUAAAUAGUUUUAGAUUAAGAGAUAUUAAGGAUUUAUAGAUUAAGGUUUUCAUUCCAACCAUGAGGUAUUUUUUUGUUUUUUUAAAAGUCUUAUAUUUUUCAGUAAAAACUAUACAUGAUUGAUACACGAGAUGCUGUUAUGUUUGCUAUGAUCUUAGUGUUUCAUCUCUUUUCCAGUCUUUUGAUGAUUUUCUUUUCUUUUUUGUAUUUCUCAAUGUUUUAAAAAUGCUGUGUGGUGACUUUGCUAGAGACUGACAUGUGCACAAAUGUGUGGUUUAUUUAUGUAAAUAUAUUAUAUAAUGAGCAUUCUUCAAAGGCUGAAGCAUCAUCAGUGAUUAGUGGUGAUUUUUUUCCAAAGACUCCAGCCUGGAUAUCUGAAAAACGUGGAUACUGAAUCCAGUCUAAAGGUUCAGAACUUUCUGCUAAAGAAAAACUGAAGAUUGUACAGAAGUGUUUUUCUUUAACUUGUGAAAAAUAAGCCUUUCCUAUAAGCUUGAAAUGGCUGAUAGCCUUUGUUGAUAAUUGAAUAAAGCACGAUUUUGCUAUUGAAGAGUA